UCUGUUGAGCACAAUUCAGCCUCCCCAACAUGCAGAUGAAAAUCGUCGGUGACGAUGGUCGCGAAGUCGGCUGCAACGAAGAGGGGGAGGCACUCAUUCGGGGCCCAAAUGUGUUCAAGGGCUACUACAAGAACCCAAGUGCAUCUGAAGAAGCAUGGACCAAAGAUGGGUGGCUGAAAACUGGAGACAUCGUGUCAAUCCAGGAGAGCGGACUCUUGACUAUUUUGGACCGCAAAAAAGAACUCAUCAAAGUCAAAGGGUUUCAAGUGGCCCCGGCCGAACUUGAGGGGCAUCUCCUUGAGCAUGAAGGAGUCAAGGACUGCGCAGUAAUUCGCGUCACAAGAGAGGGGCAAGAACACCCACAAGCUCACAUUGUCCCCAAAGAUAACAACGUUACCACCGAAUCGAUUAUCAAAUUCAUGUUGACCGUCCACGCAAUUACAUGUUGUACGCAGUGCCACCGUCACAUAUGGUCGGCAGGGCUGCAAUGCCGCGGAAGGCGGUAG